GCACAGUGUUCGUAUUGGGGUUAAUCUUUAAAUAAAGCGAUAAUAUUUCAUCAUAUUUUAUUAACUGCGUGUACCUGGCUGCAGCUUGUGUCGGCUGCAGGGAUACAGCCCUGUACAUAUAAUAAGGGCAUAGAGCCUUAUCAGGACUGAUCUUACAGGUCUCGAGGCUGAGACCUGUGCCUCGGAUAGAGCCCCGGGUUAUAACCCACAGAUCAUCAAGCCCCAUCCUUUUUUUAAUGAUUUGUGAAUUAUUUGUUUUGUAUGCUUAAGAAUAGGCCAUCAUUGCAACUAUAUCUGUAUAUAUUGACUCGUAAUUUUUAUGAUAAUUUCAUGCGGUAUUCAUGUAUGAUUAUUAAAUAGACACUUUCCCCAGACUGGUCUUAAUCACCGAACCCAAAACACGUUACACUGUGUUUAAUAUAUGUCAUCGUGAAUUGUUCAGAACAUUUAUUCUGUGUAGUCAGGGAAAGAAAAUAUUUACAAAUUUUUUUUUUGCAUUUUUUUUUUACGUCUACACUAUCUCAGAUAAGGCGUGAAUUGCGUUAUCUGUCCUGCAUUUAGCAGGUUAUUUGCAUAGUUUUAGCUAGUUCAGUCAUCGGUGCGGAACGACGUCAACAACUUCAAACAGCGAGUGAAACCAGGUGUUUAACACGGGUGAUUUACUAAGAAACUAUUCUUCUGUGGACCUAUGGACUUUUCAGCAGUGCGGAUCCUGACAAAAGCAUAUUGAUGAUGCCUUAAUUAUGCGUCCGUUUGUUGAAUAAUACACAAUGGUGAACAACAUUUCAGACGUAGAUCAUCUCCUGUCACACUUUCAUUCCGAGGUCAUUUACCCUAAUGACACUAGCCGAGAACGAAACCAGCGACCCGUGACCAACUCCCAUUGGUACCGAGGGUACGUGAUGGAAGACCCAGUGGUUCUAGCCAUCCUCGGGGUAAUAGCUGUCAUCAUUAUGGCCACUAUUUUAAGGACGAUCGUCAACAAAAUCCUCGCUCGCCGACAGAAUAUACCGGAGCGGUCCGUGUCGACGUGUUCCUAUCAACUCAGGGAUCCGCCCCCUCCUUACCCCGGGAAAAACCCCGAGGCCGUCUCUGAUUACCUCCCUUCUUACGAAUCAGCUGUUGCGAUGGAACGGCGGCGACAAGAGGCCCGGGAGGGGGAGAGCCUGACAGAGCGCGCCAGCCGUGUGUCCGUGGAUUUCUCCAUUUCUAGUUACCAUUUUGAUGUUUUAAUGAAUGAUAGCGGUGAACAAAUGAGUCGCGAGUCCACUAGUGCUGAUGGAAAUAGACCGGGUACUGUGGUUUCAGAGUGGACAAUCAGUCCGCACAGUAGUAGGACAGAGAACACGGAGUGUGCACACGUGCAGAAUGAAGAGUUGACCAGCGCGUGCAUGUCACAAACCAACGGGACAGAAAUUAGUGGGUUAUAACAUCCAAUUGGUUAUC